AGCGUGAGUUAUAUUUAUUUUUAAAUCACCUCCCCUGGCAUACUUAUUAAAAUAUUCUAAUUAAUUAGUUAUUUCGACCAUAGUGUUAUGAAAAUAUAUUCACUUUUUCUAGGAAUCUAAAAAAAAUUAUAUUUGACAUUGAUCCGUUUAAUAUGUUUUAGCAAUGUGAGUGUAUUUAAUAUUUUCUUCACGUUAUUCGAAGGUGUUAAAACUGUGGCUACUAUAAAAUAAACUUAAGUCGGUAUGUAAGCAACCCUACUAUAUCAUUUAUAAUAAGACAAUGUGAUGCAAUGUCAAAGCACUACAUGUUACGAUAUUCGUUCGCAUCUCGUUCUUUGUUUGAAAACAAUGAUGGGGAAGCAUGAAGCAGGCGAUGAGUUGUCUAAUAACUAAACAGAAACAGACCCAGUUAAAAAAAUCUUCCAUGAAAUUCCUAGAGGAAAACCAAAAUCAGGCGUAUGUAGAAAGACGUUAGAACCCAGAGAUCUUCUGUCAUUAAACAGGUGAAAGCUAUGAAAACGACAUGGCACUCAGGAAUGAAAAAAAAGGUUAAAGGACAUACCGGAACAAUUGAAGACAGAAAAAGAUAAAGAAAAACAGCUUCGGAGACAGAGAAUGGAGGUUAACAAGAAGCGCAAGUUAGAGAACCAAAGAAAAGCAGAAAUAGUGCAGCCUAUAAAAAACACAGCAAAGAUAAAGAAAAUGAAGAAGAAACAUUUGAUGACAAUUGAAGUCAGGUGAUGGUUAAACAAAUAUCAACAAUGUUUAGGUAAAAGUAAUAAAGUUGUUUUGGUGGAAAAAUAAGGAAAAAUAAAAUAAAAAAUAAAAUAAAAAAUAAAAUAAAAAAUAAAAAUAAAAAAUCUCGUUUUUUGUCAUGGAAGGAACAACAGAGUUUCUGUCGUCGUUCGAUGAAAACCACACAAUUUUACAAUGCCUGGAACAAAGGAUGAUGUUGCUGUUGAGUCAGAAACAAAACAGACCACAGAGCCAAUUGUAGCAAAGACAGUUGAAGAUGUGAAAGGCAAGGCUGAUGUGGCUGAUGCUGAAGCAGAAGAACAAACAGAAGAAAACACAAAAACAGAAAAUUCAGAAGAAAAUACAAAUGAAAAUGGAGAAGAGACAGAAUCAAAAACAGAAGAAACAACAGCAGAAAAGCGAUCUGUAGAUGAAAAUGAAAGUGAAGAUGCGGAAGAUGAAAGUCCGAAGAAAAAAGCAAAGACAGACUCAAAUGAAUCAUCGAAUGGUACCACAGUAACAACUGAAUCCGCUUAGUUCUAUUAUAUAUAUAAUUUAUUUUUCCUUAUCAUUUUGAUUUUAAUCACAAACUUGUAAAAUGUGUUUAUCAUCAUGUUCAGAAGAAAACUGAGAUAUUUAUAGUCAAGUUGUACACUUCAUCAUGGUUCUCAUCAUUUAUACUGUUCUUAUAAUAAACAUCUUAAUGUAAAAAGAAAUGUUGCGAUAUUUAUUUUCAUGGUUCCAAAGUAUAUAGACUGACGGACUGACACACUAUCAGUAGCGUUAUAUUAAAGAUAUUCGAGAAAGUUUAGGGGAUAUCACUCCCGAUUUAUUUUAAACAUGAACAUUAAGGCGUAUUAUUUCGUUUUAUAAAAUAGAAG